GUCUGUGUUCCCCUGCUAGUGGUGUGGUGACGUGUGCGGUGCUCACUGCCGGCCCUCGAUGAUGUCCUUGACCCUCCACCAGGCGCCUCCCAGCUUGACGUUGUUGUAGCCAGCCUGCUGCAGGGCCUUGGUCGCCAUCGACGAACGCACGCCCUCCCUGCACACAGCAACCACACAAACAACGGGCAUUGGGCGUCCCCAGCGUCUUGGAUGUCAGGUGCUGAGGCGGGGCCCACCAGCAGAAGACGACAAUCUCGGUGUCCUUGUCAAUAAGGGGCCCCCCCGAGGCGGCCGCCACGGGCUGGUGGGCGUUCAGGGUGCUCACCAAUACCGGCAUGGGCAUGUUCAGGGCACCCGGAGCGCUGCACGCAACACACACAGAGUGGACAGUCAGAGCUCUUGUGGCCGUGUCUCCGCUUCCUGUGGGCGCCUCACCUGCCGCGCUGGUACUCGCUGGGAGUCCUGACAUCCAGGAGCACGGCGCCCUUCUCGUAGUCCUUGAGGAUGUCGUCAGCAGUGGCCACGGGCGGCGUCCAGAGGUAGAGUGCCAUGGCGGUAGCGACGGCCAUGAGCGGCAGGUAGUCCAUGUAGGAGGCCUUGCCCGUCGUCAGCUGGUAGGCGUCCCACUCGGGCGUGUAGGGCUCGAAGGUCGGGAUGGCGCUCUCGAGGCCUGGCUUGGGGAACAUGAUGGUCUCGGUGCUGGACCAGGGGUGGUACAUGGUCAUGCCCUGCCGGCUGCUGGGGGGGGCGUGGCGCUUGUGGAGGCGCUGGAGCGGCUUGCUGACGGGACUCACAAACGCUGCAUCGUCAAGGACAGCCGCACGGCACGCCAGCGGAGAGAUCAGCAAGAUGGCAGCGAGCACGGAAGUCAUCAUGAUGUACGAGAAUGAGGCGGAGUGGCGGAGGAGGCUGACAAACUAUUCCCAAGUGGCGAUUCCGGUUCUGUCUGCUGACCAGUGAU